AUGCCGUUCAGCUGGAUCAUAUUCCGCCCACGAGCGUUUGAAACAUUCGACGAAUGGGGCAGUCCAUUGAUGAGCCCUCGUGACGAGCAGAGCUCAAUGUUCCACACGGCCAGGGAUCGUUACGAGAAGAAGACAUGGGGUCGUGUCGAGGACACCUAUCUUCUAGAUAACAUUACAAUGGCGAUUCGAGAAGGAAUCAUUGGUGCCAACGGAUUUCGAGCCGAUUAUGCUGUCAUCGUCACCUGGGAACGAAUGGCAUACGGUGGUGCACCAAAGGUCACACAGGUAAGGGAACUGGCGCAAGAUUCACCAUUUUGCACCAAUGUAAAA